GCUAUGUAUUCAACUAUAGUCAGCAUUCAAUUUGAUUACAUAUAAAUAUAUGUAUUUAUAAUAAUUUAUAAUGUUUGAUAGUAGGCUAUGUAUAUAAUCGUAUUAUAGAAUCAGACAUACAUACAUAGCCUACUACUACAAGAAUGGCAUAUCUGUGUUGUAUUGUAUUUUAUAAAAAUAAAUGAAGGUAGUCAAAUCGCGCUAAAAAUAUUACAUGUCUGUACACCCUUUCCAACUGAACUCAAGGCAAGAGCUGAACACAGCCAUAUUGGUGGCACGAGUGUCGACAACAAGCGAGUAUGAACGCCAACGGGAAAUUUGGUUGUUGAUCCAAAGUGCACCACUGAGUGUAUAAGGGGCAGGCACCAAGUAACCUGCAACCAGAUACCGGCUUGGCUUCGUUAUCCACGGUUCAAAGUCAAGUAAGAACUGCAGCAUGGACUCAGAUCCAAAUCUGGAUCUAGAUCUAGAUCUAGAGUUGACACCUGAUGACGUACCGACUCCGGAUGCGAUUGGCCUGUGCUUGCAACUCUGUGAGGAGGAAAUCACAAAAGAGCGCUGCUUACCAAUAAAUGUUGUUGUUGCCGACGUCAGGCGUUAUGUCAGGGAUCCGCUGGUCAAAAAGGCUGUCACGGCGCAGUUUGAUGAUGACAACGCAGACAUGUUCGACGUGGUGUUUUGCGAGCCGGAAUCUGAUCCAAAUAUUUGGAUGAAAGCUGUACUGCCACCUAGUGCCUACGAAGACGUCUACAAGGCAAGGAUACGCACCGGAACACUCAUACGAAUAGAUAGAGUGAAGCUGUAUUUGAAGCAGCACAAGAACAGCACAGCGGCCAGCAACGUCAUCAUCAUUCAGGACAUGCGUGUGCUACGGCAGGAUUGCGAUGUAGGGCUGGACGAGGACAGGAUGGAUGAGCCAACGCGCACGCGACUAUACACACCUCUUCUCGAAACGCGGUUAUACUACAUCGCAAUGCACAACAGCACGGACGUGUUGGCGCGUGAUCCCAAGUGGAAAUCUGAGCUGGACGUAGAGCGGCCGAAGACAAUUCAGGUCAGCAAUUUGGACGACAUUCUACAAAAUGGUGUCAAAAAGAAGCUGACGAUCUAUGGACGCGUGGUUGCUAAACAACGACUCAUGCAACAUGCCACCAUGGAUGCCAAACACCUGGCACCCAUACGAGGCAGCUUCACCAUUGCGGGCAUAAGUAGUUCGAGCAAUGCGGAAGGCUCGACUAGCACCAAGAUGCGUGUAGUCUUGUGGGAUGUGGCAGCAAUGAAGCACUACAAUGGGGUGCAACUGGGGAGUGUAGUGUCCAUAGACGGCUACCGUUUGAAGCCGUUCUGGAGUGCUUCCAAAAAUGAGGACGAGGAUGAUCUGUGUGGCAUGGAAGUCAGUGUCAAUUCGUCAACGCCGACGGGCCAUGUCCGCGUCGUUGCGCCUAAUCCGGCGAGCAAGAAUAUCACCAAAUUUCUCAAGCGUUUUCCCACACAAAAGUACCAUUUCGGCUGGCCUAGAGACACUCCGAGGCCGAUCUAUGCUAAUUGUGAUCUGAUAGGUGUACUCCUGUACGUCGGGCGACCGCUCGUGACUGUCAGCAGAGAUACCCACAAUGUCUUGAAACCGAGCCAGAUCCAGAUGCGGGAGAACAAAAUAUUCGAGUACAAAGAUACUGUCGAUGGUAUAGACCCACCCGCACCACAGGACGAUGGGCUGCAGUCUAUAAAUAGAACUACCAACGGUUCCACUGCCCAUACGGCAGACGGAACAACUGAGGGUACUAGUACAAGAACACCCGCAGGAGAUGGACCUGUCCAUCUGUCUGAGGGUAUUGAGCGGCUGAAUGAGAGUGAUGAGAUCGGCUCACAGUCUUCUGAGUCGGACUACGACUCUGAGGCCGAGCGCGUGGUGCCCGUAGGCACAAAGAACAACCAAUCUGUGCGUGAUGGAGAGGGUGGUGGGGGUGGCAUUGAUAGACACACCCACACACACAGCAAAACAACGCAGAACAAGGACUCAGCGGAGACACGGGAUGGCACGGGCGUGCAGCCAGGUGGAGCGGAGACGGAUGGCUGUAAGCGACUGAGAAGGUCAAGUAGGCAACUUAAUUGGAAUGAGAACGAGGAUGUCAAGCAGAUCAGUCCGAAUGGGAGACGCAGAAACAGAUCAGAGGGCGAAAGCCCGCAUAGGAGCACGCACACAGGCAUCAACAUCCGAAAGCGUACAAAACAGGCAGACCAUCACAGCCACAAGGAUGGGCAUUCAAAGCAUGCACAGCAGGCGCCAGACCUCGCAGAUAUAUUCACUACGCGCGAGGGACGGGCUGUACGGCGGUGGGCUGAGACUGAUGCAGCUAAGCAGUACGUAGGCCCGUACUCUGCGGUGGCUGCCCGAGUGUUUUGA